CACGCAAACACAGCGAAAACGAAACUUAGGCGGAUGUGGAACCAUUCGAGAAAAAUGUGUAUAAAUUUCAGAUUUGCACUUUGCUCUGUAAUAUUUAAUAUAACUUAACUAUGUAUUGAGACUUUGGGGUAUAGGAUGGAAUCGGAAAACUUCGUUGCUAAACUGAACGAGCAUGCACAGAAAGAACGACUAGAUUUGAAAUUUGAGGAGGUUGGAUCUGUUGGCCCCGAUCACAUUAAAACAUUCUCCAUAAGAGUCGUUCUGAAUGAUAAGGUCUAUAAAGUUGGUGUGGGGAAGAACAAGAAGGAAGCCAGGCAGAAUGCGGCUAAAAAUGCUUUGACAAGCUUGUUGGAGGAACCAUCUGAAUCUACUGGAGACGAGACAUGCAAGGACACAUCAGAACAACAAAAACAAGACUUGAAUGUGUCCAAUCUCUGUGAUCAGAUAAGCAGCUUGGCUGUGAAGGACAGUGGUUGUACAGACGCAAAUUUCAUAGGACUUGUCAACCACUACUGUCAGAAAACAAGUCGCUUGCCUAAAUUUCUUGAAGACAGGAGAUGUGGCCCGCCGCAUAAUCCUCAAUUUUUCUACAAAUUAGUAAUUGACGACAAAGAAUACCCCGUAGGUGAAGGUAAGACUGUGAAGGAAGCCAAGCAAAAUGCAGCUCAGCUGGCCUGGUCUGCGCUUCAGGAACAGUCUGACUGGGACAGCAAGGUUAGUGUCCGGUCAGCUGAUAAUGGUGCAACACCCAAGAAGUCAGCACUGUCAAGCACACCGGACUCCGGUCGAGGAUCAAGCAUUCCAGUAUCUACAAGCGACUCUGUUGUUUUAACCAAUUCACCCAAACCUCUACAGAAUCAGGUUCAAAGUCCUGACGGAAAGCCCAAAAUAAAACUUGCAGCAAAUUUCAAAAAUGCUCACCAAAGCAAAGAGGAUACAGUCAAUUUCAGUACCAAGAGUCCAGCAGUUAGUCAAAGCAAGAAAACGACAACCCAACCAGUCCUCACAAGGUUUGAAUUAGACUUUGACUGCAUAGAGCUCCUCGGAAAAGGAACCUUCGGUAAAGUUUUCAAGGCACGACAUAAUCUCGCGCAGAGGUUUUAUGCUGUAAAGAUUGUCCUCGACAAAAAAAAAGCUGUUCGAGAGGUGUUGGCCUUGUCAGACCUCACCCACUGCAACAUUGUUCGAUACCACACCUGUUGGAUGGAUGAUAAAGGGUACCAGUGCGACAUUUCAAUGAACAGUUGGAGUACUUCAAGUAAUGAUGCAUCUGUAAAGUACCUUUACAUUCAGAUGGAGCUGUGUGACACCAAAACUCUAAGAGUGUGGAUAGACGAGAAGAAUACUCAGAAUGAAAAGAAAUCCCUGCGAAACUUCAAGAGGAGAGAGGAAAGCUUGGACAUUGCCCAGCAAUUGUUAAGUGGCGUAGAGUACAUUCAUUCUAAGAAGUUCAUCCACAGAGACCUGAAACCGGCCAACAUAUUAUUUGGUCAAGAUGGAAAAGUGAAGAUCGGAGACUUUGGGCUGGUCACUGCAGAAAAUGAUGACGAUGCCGAGAACUUGAUUGAGAGGACUGCGUACAAAGGAACCCCGUCUUACAUGGCUCCUGAGCAGAAGAGCAAGAAGACUUACGACCAAAAAGUGGACAUCUACGCUAUGGGGCUGAUUUAUUUUGAACUCCUUUGGAAUCUCGUAGGCCCUGAGAGUGAAGUAAUUUGGGAGGAUGCCAGAAAGCAGACACUUCCUAAAGCAUUUUCACAACAUUUCCAUGAAGAGAACCAAAUGAUAAGGUCAAUGCUGCAUGUGAAACCAGAGGACCGACCGGAAGCAAGCAAACUAAAGGCGGACCUGGAAGAGUGCAAACAUAUACUUACAGUGCUUAAAAAUAGGAGUACUGUGUGAUUGCUACAAGGAAAUGCAAAAAUGGUUAGCAUUAAUUCUGUCUUAACCACCAUAAUACCUUGAAGUUACUUUUUUAAUGGCUGCUUUCAUGAACUGACAUCCUGUAUCUGGAUUAUUUAGUAUGUGCUGGGAUGGAAAAAAAAACUUAUUUAAUUUUUGAAUCGGUGAAUACAUCAUGACAUUAUUCACUAUAAUAAAUAAUCAUGGUCUUGUUUAUUACUGGGUUAAAUAAUUUAUUGUAUGCCAACCGUGUUUAAGUAAAGAUGAACGGAAGUUGGUAAUAAAUAAACAACUUCUGUCCUAGUUCAA